AUGAAAUUCCUCAUCGUCCUCGCUUUGGUCGCCGCCUGCAGCGCUUCGUUCUUUGGCGGAGGUAGCAGUGGUUGCGGAUGCCCACCACCUCCCCCACCAUGCGGAUGCGCCCCACCUCCACCACCACCAGCACCAUGCGGUGGCGGAUGCGGAGGAGGUGCACCACCUCCACCAGCUUAUGCACCACCUCCUCUUCCAGCACAGAACUCUUACGCCCUUGGAGGAAAGUAA